ACACUGCCAUAGGAAAUGUAGGUCAAUUUGUUUUAUUUUUUUAAGAUAGAAAAGUGACUAACUCUCCUCUGAAAGGAGCAAGCAAUAACACCAGUAGAUAUCAGUUUUAUGAGCUAAAUUCAAACAUUCAAACUUUUAAUUCCAAGGAACCUCAUGACCAACACUUAAAAGCCUUCAUUCAUCGUAUCUUCUGGGGGUGAAGCAACAUUCCUAACUGAUAACAAAGUGACAUGUAUAGCAGAAACUUAAGCAUAUUUAAAAUGUACUUAAAAUUCUACUAUAGCAUCAUUAAAAUAGUAAUCUUGAUUUUAAAUAAAGAUUUAACAGAGGCAAGUUUGUCACUCAACAUGAUAUCAUUCUUUAUGUCUUUUAUAAGACCAGCCAACUUAGCUGGGGAAAAAAAAAAAUAAAAAAUUACACUUCUAUAGGAAAGCAGAAGAGACAGCAGGUGAUACCCGAGAAAGUAUUUGUCUUUUCCAAAUAUGAGCUGGUCUGACAUAAUCCUUUCCUACAGCAUACACUGUGUGGAAGAGUUACCCAGCACUCUGAUACAGUUCACUCAAUUGUUGAGAUACUUAUUACUGAAUGCAGUAGUUUAAAUAACACUUUGAUGUUAGCUGCACUGAAACAAUGAUUAAAAUCUAAGUUAUGUCAGAUUAGCUUGAGUAAAAAGGAAUUACUUCUAAAUCAAGAUAGAGUUACCUAAAUUUCUACCCAGGUACAAACAUGAGAACUUGAAACAUAAUUUUGUAUAACAGACAAAUGUACAGCAUGCGAUGCAGGAAAUGAAAUAAAGCAGCGCAAAGAACCAAACAGAUGCACACACUUCCAAAGUCCACAAGAGGGGGUCAUUCAAUUGCACAAUCAUGUAACUUCCCUUAUGUUUAAAAGUUCUAUCCACAGCGUAUCAUAUUAUAAACGAUUGAUAAACACCACAUGAGAUACUGGGCAAUAGCUACAAGGAAUUUAAUAUUUGAGAACUUAGGGUAGGCUGUAUUUGCAUACUGGAGUGAGAAAAAGGGUGUUACUUUUCCUGACUCUAUGCUAAACAACCAAAAAACAUCCUUGAUAGCACAGUCUGAAUGGGACACAGCUAGCAAGGAGCUAGAUGCAUUCGUGUCCCAAAAUACUCCAAACAGAAAUCAGUCAAGAAUAUUAUACUUACCUAUACUGAAACAGAUACACUGCUACUCAUUUGCAGCCAAGUAAUUAAUAUAUGCAGAAACAGCUUAGAUUGAUAUCACACUCUUCUUGGGAGGCGUGCAGCGUAUUUUACUUAUGCUCAAACACACCACGGAGUUGUUGUGUAUUAAUGCCUCUGUGCUGCAGCCGUCCAUGGGUAUUUUGCCGGUUGGCAGGCUCACAGAGACCCUCACGUAGGAGCUUGGGCUGAGAGCUGAGCAGCAACGCACAGGAAGAAGCCACAAAGUCCUUUAUAAAGUAAUGGGCGUUUGUCCUGUUUUCCAACAGGUAGCCACCAGGUAGUGUCAUCUUCCGUCUUAGCAUUAUCUGGACAAUAAACAAUCUAUACUGUUCUUUCCUGGUACAAUGCAGUUCUCUUUGUCCUCAGUUGCGUUGUAAGUAAAUACACAAUUGUACUACAGAGCUUCCUAUUGAGAUCUCCAGCAGCUAAAAAGCAUUAGAGCAACCAGUUUAAGUUACACACUCAUCAAGUAUCUCUUAACUGCAGUGUUGAUGUCACAAAGUAAAUAUUUAGCCACAGUCAUCAUUCCUCCAAAGAGUUUUCCUUAUUCCACACUUUACAAGUUUCUGUUUUUCUCCCGCAAGUAUCUGAUCACUUCCACCGGCAUUAUCCUGUGCUGUUUGUGUACUCUCCCCUGCUUCUGUAUACACAAACCACUCCAGCACUUAAAUAAAUAACGCAAUCCAGUGACUACAGGAAAAGCGCUAGCACAAGCACAAAUCAUGCUCAGUCCCUGAAUUUCCUGCUAGCAAAAUUGUUCCAUUCCCAUAUCCCAAAAGUUACUUUGGCAUGCAAUUUAUUACUGAACAUAGUUGCCAUAUACAAUAUUACCAGAGCACUUUCUUAAAUGCCUUCUCACCUUACCCUUGGUGGCUUUUCAAGUACCGCUUCUUGUCCUUGCUAAACACCACAAACUGUUUGAGAAAAUGUUCUUAGAGCGAACUCAAAGCACUCCCUUGGAGAAGCCCGAUAGCCACAACCAGGUCAGUCUGCACCUCGCCUCCGUGCCAGGCUGCUCCUUGGGCCGGGAAGGAGGGCGGAGGAGGGCCCUGGGAGCAGGUGUGUGCUGCCUGCCUCUCGCAAGCCAUGGAGAACCCAUCAUGGAGCAACCCAACAUGGAGCAAUGCGUCCGCUUCACAGGUGGGAAGGAGUUACCUUCACGAGUGUGAGGGGAAAAAAAGGGGGGCUGAGGGGGCAGGCAGAAAAUUUAAGCUGGUUCUUUUUCCCUACCUGGUCAGAAAGACCUAAUUAAGAUGAAAAUGCUGUAGCCUGCUGUUCAAGAAGUUGCUGCUUGUGGCUGAGCAACAAGUUUUGGGGUGCGCUGCCACCCGGGCACCCUUCUCACCUCACAGCUUGCUCUAAGCUGGUACCCCGCUGUUAAAGCGGGUUUUUUCUCGGGGCAGUGAGGAGCCAAACACAGUUUUCAGCAUUUUCAUCAACCCAGCAGGGAGAACUUCUCCCCAACCCUGGUUUCAACAGUAAAAAGCGUUCAAAGUGACGACGGGAUUUCUCUGGGUCAAUCGCUAACCAGGAGCGGCGGACGAAGUUACUCGUACCUUGUCCUCACGGGGGGUCAGGUCAGCCGAGGGGACGGCCAGAGCCCCCGAAGCGAAGCCCCCCCAGCCAGGCACAGCGGGGCACAGCCGCCCCACGCCCCUUCCCUCAGGGCGUUCCCUUCCCGCCCCGGGCCCGGUCCCCGCAGGGCGGCGGCUCAGGUGCGGCCCUGCCCCUCGGCCGCGCCCUUUCCAGGAAGCGAUCGCUGCGGGGCGGCGAGGCGGCGGCUCCGGCAGACGCCGUCCCGCCGGAGCCUCGGCAGGGCAGAUCCCCCGCCAUGUUUGUGGCCUUGGUACUGCUGUGCCAACUCCACCCGAUGAUGUUUGCGUUUCCGCACUGCGCAGAGAAAUUAAAUGACCUGAAGCACCUGGAAUCGAAAGAUGUGUUCACAUCAGCAAAGGAGGCCAAUUUAUUCAUUGGACGACAUCUUCUGAACAACAGACUUGACUUUGAAGCAUUCACACCGGAUAACCUGGAAAGAGAAUGCUUUGAAGAGCUGUGCAGCUAUGAAGAAGCCAGAGAAGUAUUUGAAGACCCUGAUAAAACGAUGGAUUUCUGGAAAGACUAUUCAACUAAAGGCCCUAAAAUAAAAACAGGUAAUGACACACCACAAAAGAUUAACGUUACAGGACUUCUCAUCAGUCUAGUUGUUGCUGGAGUAAUGUUAGUCAUAAUUGGACUGCUUAUCUUCUACUGCUGCAAAAGUAGAUGCAAAUCAAGGCAACCACCAGGGUACUUGGAUUAUGUAAGGAGUAGAAGACGUAAUUCUACCAGCAUCUUCAGAAGGCAUGAAGAAUUUUCUUUAAAUCCACUUCCUCUCAGAACUGAUGAUUCAGGACUACCAACUUAUGAGCAAGCAGUUACUUCAGAUGGACAGCAUGAUGUACCACCACCUCCUUACCCAGGGCCCCAAAAAGGGGCACGGGUGUUUAAAAAGUCCAUGUCACUCCCUGCCCCUUAGCUACAACCCUCCUUCUGGAGAGAGGGGGUAUUACUGAAGCAUAACAUACUUUUUUAAAGUGCGCUACCUUGCAUAUUGCAAGACAGUUUCCAAAAAUGUGAAAGAACUUUAGCGUAACUAGGAGCAAGUGAAAAUCCCAUUUGGGAGAAGUGAUCUGUUGCAAAGACUGCAGGACAACUCUUUGCAUGAGGUUAUUGCGCUAAGAUGAGGGAAUGUGUCAGGAUUAAGUCUUGUACUGUUACACUCUUCCACAUGCACUUUGAGCCAUCCCAUCAUACUAUUGAUGUUUCAUUAAUAGUUUCACCUUGUUUCUUUAGAAGGAACAGUAUUUUAAUUGGUUUUAUAGACACUAACCAUUUUUGUGACUUGAUGCUUUCAAUCACUAAGAAAUCUACUUUAUUGUUUGAUGUAUUCACUUUACUGCUGUGUAAUUUUCUAUUCAUUCUAGUAAUAGAUUUGAGUAUGAACAUUAUUUCAUGAGUUGAUCAAGUGUAAAUAUGUUACUGCUUCUGGAAUACAUCGGUUUGUUUUAGAUACUGCUGGUUAACACUACUUAAUUUUACGUAUUUUUGUGAUUACUUUGGAUGAAGAGGAACCAUUAAUUGCAUGACACAUUACCUGCUCAGACAAAGUAUACUUUAAUCAAAAGGUUUUUUGAUACUCCAACAUGGUAUUUGGUGUACUACCACUCUUUUUGGGGGGGAUGCUAAGCAAAUAGCUAGAGAUUUGUCCCUUGUUAAAAUUAUGGUUAGGAUACUUUGUCUGGAAAGUACACAGGUUCCAUGGAUAAUGUUCCCCUUGCAGUCUAAGUAUAUAAAUCGGGGAAGAAGAGACAUUUUGUCUCUGGAAUAAUAUGCCAAACUACUCCAGGCUUUUCUCUAGAUUUUUCCUGGGACACAAACAUACUAGUUAAAUGGGACUGACAGCAGCACUUUCAAGGAGAGGGAUUUCACAGGGCUUGUAAAAGUUCAGAUUCUGUACUGCUUUAUGUAAUGAUGUAUGCAGCUGGCAAGAUCACAAAUAAACUACAGAAAUUGUACUGAAACCU